AUGAGGUGCGAUUCGGACCUCGUGGCAGCCAGUCGUGGUAUUCCAGUUAUGGAUGAUGACGAGUGGCAAACGACGAAAUACGAGAACGCGCACCACAAAAAGGAGAAGAAGAAACCGUACCCCGAGUUGGACCCAGACCUUGUAUACUGCGGCUGGUGCGGAAACAAUACCGUAAUACAUUGCCAUUGGCAAGGUUUCCAGCGCUACCAUGAGAAGGUGGUAGCUGCUGGCUCAGAAAGUCGUGCUGGACGUGACACAAGAGUUGUCUGUAAUGAUAACUUUACUGAUGUGAUGCAGUGCUUUAUCUCAGCAAACCAUUGUUUAUACUUUCAGGAAUUGAUUGUCCAGAUGUGA